UGACCUCUGAUGAAAACGGAUAGGAGGGGAGGACACUGAACCAGACAAAGUGCGCUCAGCUUCUUCUUCCAGCCAGCCUCGCCCAGGAUCCUGGCUCCCCUCCAUGAAUUCCAGCCGGAGCCUCCUCUCGUCGCCCCUCUUCCCCACCUCCUCUCCAAACUUCAGGGGCGCCGCCUCCUCCCCAUCCCCCUCGCGCACCUCAGUUCCAAUGAUACACGACAACGCCGGCCGGGCGUCCACGGCGUGCCACUACUCGCCGUCGCUGGUGGCCGCCGAGGAGCAGGCUGUCCAAGGCUCGGUGUCGCUCAAGGGCGAGAAGGCCUUGCUGGAGUUCCUGCUGGACAUGGCUCUGGAGCAGCACACCGAAGGGAAGACGAGGCUCAAAGGCGAAGAGGAGGGGGCAGAGGGCGAGUUCGAGAGCUACCUGCGAGACCUGCAGCGGCAAGUGAUUUACCAGCAGGCAUUUGGUGAAAAGGACACUUCUACUCUCUUGAGCACUUCAACGUCGUCACCGGAAUCAGGUCCGCGACUGGGUCUCGGCGCAACCUCAGCUUCUUUGAUGCAGAAGGUGGCGUUUCUAGCAGAUGAAACAGACACUUCUGCUACCCAACUGGAAGUGCCACCCAGCUUGAUGCUUUCCACCAGUGUGGAGUCGCACCCAUACGAGAAGCUGUUGGGCAAUGGGCAGGUGUUCAUUCGGUCUACGCGGCUGCGCGAGAGAAGGUCCAAGAAACGCAAUGCUCCUCGAGCAUCAAGCGGUGAUGUUCAGUGCGGCGUUGCCGACUCCAGGAAGGACAAGUCGAAGAAGUAUGGCAGAGUUCUGGGGCCGGACGAGCCAUUCAGGUUGUUCCUACGGGAUCCAGAGACCACAGAAUUCUUGACGGCAAAGGAAGAGAAACACUUGUUCAGUCAGAUACAGAAUCUUAUGAAACUAGAGGAGGCCCAACGUAGACUAGAAGAGCAAUGUGGCCAUGAGCCGACUCUUCAGGAGUGGGCUCAGGCCGUAGGAAUGAGCUGCAAGGACCUGCAGUCUUCGAUACAUGUCGGAAGACGCUGCAGGGAGAAGAUGGCUCGCUCCAACUUCCGGCUUGUGAUACAUGUAGCUAGGAAGUACCAGGGAUAUGGCCUUGACAUCGAGGACCUUGUUCAGGACGGAUGCUGUGGGUUGAUGAAGACCUUUGAGAAAUUCAAUCCGGGCAAGGGAUGUAGGUUCCCGACAUAUGCCUAUUGGUGGAUACGUCAAGCUAUUAAAAAGUCUAUCUUCAAGCACUCAAGAUUGAUUCGGUUGCCGGAGAGUGUCUAUGCACGUCUUAAAAAGGUGGGGAAAGCAAGGCUGGAGUGCAUCUUGGAAGGGGAGCAGCCUACUAAUCUAAAUGUAGCUAGGCGUGCCGGCAUCACGAUUGAGAAGCUGGCAAAACUCAAAGCGAAAACCAGAAAACCACAGUCGAUGCAAGAUCAGGUUUGGUCCAACGAUGCUGUCACGUUCCAGGAGAUUACGGAAGACCCGAACAUCGAGCCUCCCGACCUCGUCAUGGACAGGAUGAUGAUGAGGCAGCAGGUGCGUGACUUCCUGGGCAUCCUGAGCACCAGGGAGAAGGAGAUCAUCGAGCACCGUUUUGGGAUCUACGACGGCGAGCCCAAGACCCUCCACGUGAUCGGGGACAUGUACGGGCUGUCGAAGGAGAGGAUCCGGCAGCUCCAGAACCGGGCCCUGGAUAAGCUGAAGCGGAGCGUGUCGACGCAGGGGUUCGACGUGUACCUGGAUCUGCUCACCUCGAACGGCUGAGCUGCUUGUUGCUGUU